AUGAAGCCCCGCGUCCUUGGACGGAUUGCCGCCCGGAGGGCGGCCUCGGUGUCGAUGGCCAGGCCGUACGGGCAACCCUUCUUCAGCUUCGUCCGCGCCGCCAGCAGCGUGUCCCAACCGCCGCACUCCGACUACGUCUCCUUCCCGGGCGCCCUCAAGAGCGCCUUCACCAACACGCUCCAGUACGAGGUGCCCGAGUCGUACAAGGCGCUGCCGACGUACCGGGUCGUUGACCAGCAUGGCGUCGUCGUCGAUGGGUCCUUCCGGCCCGACAUAUCGGACGAGCAGAUCGUGAAGCUGUACAAGGACAUGCUCUACAUCUCCAUCAUGGACUUGAUCAUGUUUGACGCCCAGCGCCAGGGCCGCCUGAGCUUCUACAUGGUCAGCGCCGGCGAGGAGGCCGUCAGCGUCGGAAGCUCGAGCGUGCUGGACCCCGACGAUCCCGUCUUCUGCCAGUACCGAGAGCAGGGUUUCUUCAAGGAGAGGGGCUUCACGACCAAGGAAUUCAUGUCCCAGCUGUUCGCGAACAAGGACGAUUCCGGCAAGGGCCGGAACAUGCCCAUUCACUACGGCAGUGGCCGGCUGAACAUUCACACCAUAUCCUCGCCGCUGGCGACGCAGAUGCCCCAAGCGUCCGGAGCCGGCUACGCGCUGAAGCUGCAGAAGCUGCAGGACCCGAGCUCCAAGGCCAGGGUCGCCGUCUGCUUCUUCGGCGAGGGCGCCGCCAGCGAAGGCGACUUCCACGCGGCCAUGAACAUUGCCGCCACGCGAUCGUGCCCCGUCGUCUUCAUCUGCCGAAACAACGGCUACGCCAUUUCGACGCCGACGCUGGAGCAGUACCGCGGCGACGGCAUCGCCAGCCGGGGCAUCGGCUACGGCAUCGACACAAUCCGCAUCGACGGCAACGACAUUUGGGCCGUCCGAGAGGCGACCAAGAGGGCGCGCGAGAUGGCCCUCGAGGACGGCGGCAAGCCCGUCCUCAUCGAAUGCAUGACCUACCGCGUCUCCCACCACAGCACCUCGGACGACUCGUUUGCCUACCGCGCCCGCGUCGAGGUCGAGGACUGGAAGAGGAGGGACAACCCGCUGACGCGGAUGCGCAAGUGGAUGGAGGCCAAGGGCUGCUGGGAUGAGGCCAAGGAGAAGGAGGCUCGGGACGGCCUGAGGAAGGAGAUCCUGAAGGGCUUCUCCGAUGCCGAGAAGGAGAAGAAGCCGGCGCUGCGAACCAUGUUCGAGGACAUAUACGAGGACUUGACGGACGAUCUGAAGGCCCAGAUGCUUGAGCUCAAGGACAUGCUCGACAAGUACCCCGACGAGUACGAAGUCGGCGAGUACGACGGGGGCAAGGACACGUUGAAUCCCUGA